CCGCGAAAUAAACAGAGAAAAACUUUUUUGUUUAAUUCUUUACUCACAGUUUCUUUGAGUAAAUGAAGUCAUUUAACAAAUCGAUUUCGUUUUUUCUUUCAACUGAGAAAUAGCUAUUUUUGGAAAAAAUUGUACAAUAUUUUCCGCUUUUAGUAUUUUGUAGUUAUGAGUGACUUAUUGGGAUCCAUUUUAAGCUCGAUGGCGAAACCACCUUCAAUGUCAAGUGAACGGAACAAACAAAUACAAAAACAAAAGAAAAUGCUUGAAAAACAACAAGCUGCUCAAAAGGAAAAGCUUAAACACUUUAGAGAAAAGAUUGAAAAAGAAAUCAAUGAUUUUUUACAAAAUCCAGAAAAGCAUAAGCACAAGUUUCCCCCUAUGGACAAAGUCUAUCGUACCAUUAUCCAUGAUGUUUCUGAUAUAGCAGGUUUAUCAACGUUUGCCUUUGGAGAAGAAGAAGUAGAUAGAUAUGUCAUGAUUUUUAAAAAGGAGUUUGCACCUUCUGACGAUGAAUUAAAUGCAUAUAGGAAUGGACAAGAAUGGGACCCCAAAGUUGCAAAAGCUCUUUCUUUACAAAAGGAAAAAGAAAGACUAAUAGAAUUGCAAGAGAACAAAAAGAGAAAAGCACCUCUACCUCCUAGUAGCAAUUAUGCAGCCAAGUAUGAGAAACUUGUAGGUCUUGACGCUGGCAAGGCAGCAGCCAAAAUAGCUACACCAAACAAGCAUUUUGGUUUUGUGUCUAGUGAAUUGAAAAAGGAUCAAAGAUCAAUUGAGCAAACUUUAGCUGAUAUCCAAGCAAAGAAAAAAUUAAAGAAAAGUGAAGAAGCAAAAGAAACACCUACGGAAAAUUGAUAUUACUUUUACUUGAUUAGAGUAUAUUACUAUUUUUUUUUGUACCUGAGCCAUAGUUGCUGUUAAAUUAUGGGACAGUUAUUUUUAAAAUAAAAGUGUAUAUAGUUUCAAGGCUCAUACACUGAAAUUUCUAGUGUUGGAAAAAUAAUCAUGAGCUACAGUUGGGGCUAACCUAACCUGGGAACUCAACUGUGAAGGCUCAUUAGAUUCUAAUCACACCAUUAUUAAUGUUGCAAAGUUAGCUUUGCCCCAACUACAGACUUUUAAAUUGAAUAAUAUUUUCAAUGUGUGCAUCUUUUGGUAUAUUAAUCACACAAACUGUUGUAAUGAAGAGUCUCUUGCAACGUAAAGCUUGUCCACAGAGAGAUAGCGGAUGACCUUGAAGCGGAAACAUCAUUUCUGCAAUUUAUAAUAGGCUGUUUCUUAUUUUGUAAUAGAUAGGGUUAGCGAGAAAGUGUCUCUUACUACUCGGCGCUUUCUGGCUGAUUCUACCUAUUACAAAUGGUACAGAGGAUGUUUCCUUUCAAGGUCAUCUACCAUCUCUGUGGGCAAGCUUUACCUCUCGUAAAUAUAAAACAAAAACCUUGUGGAUGUCUUUUUAAAACAUUUUUGUUUUUGAAUUAGUUGCUUUCAAAGAAAGUAUAAAUUCUUGUAUGUCUGUUUUGUGCUCAGCUGCUGAAGAAUCUCAAUAGGCACCACGCAUUUUUAUUUCAAAAUGUUUUGAAGAACAUUUUGGGAGACACUGUCUUUAUGGAACACAGUCAACUCUCGAUAACUUGGAAGUCCCAAGGGGCACGCUAAACUCUUUGAGUUAUUGGUAGUUCAAGUUAUGGGAAGUUCCCACAGCCUUCUGAAGAAUUUGGGACCCAAUAAAAAUUCGAGAUAAAAUAAUAUUCGAGUUAUCAAAACUUGACUUUACUUUCAAAGGUGACUCCCUACAAUAGUGCGAAAAGAGAAAACAAGGAGACUCCUAUCAUACAGCUUAAUGAGUGUUAGAUGUGCGGAUGAAUCAAAUUAUUAAAAUUAAAUUACAUUUUUCUAAAGUGUUUAAUGUAUUUGCAGACAGAUAAUUCUAUGUAAGAGUUACAUAUGCUUUCUACUUUUGUAUUUGAUAACCAACAGUUUCUCAAAUAAGUCUUCAUCAAUUGAAGUCAUGUAAAAUACCUUUGAUGAAAUAAAAAAUAAAGGAUGUAUCUUUUGGUUAUAAAACUUGUCUCCCCUCCCCCAUCGACAAUUAAAAUGGCUGUGUGUAUUAGAAAAUUAACCAAUACAUUAACUCCUCAUUUUAAACACCACAAUUUAAUGCAUUAUGUUUACAUACAUCAGCUACACAAUAUUGCACAGCAAUAAGAACAAAAAUUAACAGUAGUAAAGUAAAAAUUUCAUCUGAGCAUAAGUGAGAAAUGUACAAAAUUUUUCUUUUAUAUAUUCAAAGUGGUAAUAAACUAUAGAUCCAUUAUAAUGCAAUGCAAGCUAUUCAUUUAUUAAAAUACAAUCGAUUUUGCUCACUUGAAAAUAGAUUUUUCUGGAGUGGCAACAUUAUACAUUGGAAAAAUUUAAAAGUGUCAAGAUGGAACAUUUGAAAGUGAAAUGAAGAAUUCUAAACUAAAAGCUCGUGCAUUCGAUAAAGUAAUUUUUUUCAAAAUUUGGUCCAGUGCAGUUUUUCAGAAAAAUUGCCAUUCUUGAUGCAACUGCUGUGUUUGCUCUAGCUUUUAUAAUUACCAAAAAUAGCCAUCAUGAUUCUCUAACUUAGUUGCAAAUUCUCUCUUUACACCAGCAUUUAGAAUAUUGCAAAAUGGCAGUAAUGACUUUAAAUUUAAAGGGGAAAAAAAAGAAAAACUUACACCAUACAACCAAUUCCUUUCUAAAAAUGAGCACAAAAACUGCUUUUUUUUUGGUUUUACAAAGUUGAUAUGUAAGUAUGUAAGUAGUGAUGCUGAUUAUAAAUACAAAGCACUUCAAUAGAAUUUAAUAAUUAAACAAACACCCAUACACAAAGAAAUCACCAUCAUAUCACUUUGCUGCAUUAAAAAGUUUCUAAUCAUAAAAGCACAAACGUAAUAAGCAAUAUAUCAAACUUAAAUCAGUACAGCUAUACUGGUCAAGAAAACACUUCAAGAAAUUUCAAUCAACAUAAUUUAUUAAGUUGAGCUUUGCUUAGCUCCAAUGACGAGAGAGUACAGUAAAGGUAAAUGCCUAUAGCCCUCUUAUCAAUGAAAAAUCACAUAAUGUAUAUAAUGUUCUAGUUAAGUCUAAACUAAUUGUUAGUCGUAUUUUAUAAGGAAAAUUCCAGAGCUCCUUUUUAUACCACAAAAUAAUUUCUUUGGAGAGAUUGACCUAAUUUAGUUAUGGACUCUUUAAAUUUGCCCCCCUCCCCCCACUUCCCGAAAAGUGCAAAAUUUUAAAGCAAAUAAUUUAAGUAAAGAUCAGGUUUAGAAACUGAUUGACGAAAUUGUAGCUAAAUUCAAAAAGAAGAGAUUCCAAACAAAAAUGUUUGAAUGUAUUUUCAUCUAUAAAUGAAGUUACAGGCUGACCACCAAUGAAAAAGAAAGGCUAACAUCCGGUUUACAGGUGGUAUUGUACACAUCUAUUAGCUUUCACGGAUGCCCGCUUUUGCAGAUGUGUGCAAGCCUCUAAAUUAAUCCGAGUUACAUUGAAAGGAGCAACCCACGUGCAUAUACAUAUAUUUUUUUUUUACUUUCCCCUCUCAUUCAAAUACAAUCACCUUAUCUGGAUGUUUGUCAAUUCCAUAGCAAUCGUGGGCAGACUGUAUGAUUUUACAAAAUUUACUGCUAUGGUAAUCAAGUAUAAUGGGCCAAUUCAAUAAAAUUAAUCUUUAGUUGCAAUAAAUUUUCUGCUGUAGUUAUUAAACAGUUAAAUGUUGAUGUAAUUUGAAAUUCAUAUUUGUAAAAACUUUCAGAUGUGCAUACAAUCUUUUUUGACAUUAGUCAGAACAUUUUUAUUGGGAUACACAUUUAGGAAUUGAGGGGAGGGAGCAAACGAGUCAAAUGUUUCAUGUGAAUGAGGUAUGAUUUUAAGGCAUUUUAAUUGAAUUAUUAUAAGAUUUAUAUACUUAAUCGUCUAACAUAGCAGUAUUUUACUUUUGCACUGUCUAUCAUAUUUCAUAUCGGUGUUCCGGUGGAAUAUUGAUGUAACUGCAAAAUUGAAAAUGAGUUAUUGUCGUCACUGGGUUCAAAUGUGGUUAUCCCAUUCAGAGGAACACUGACAGAUUUGUUUCAACUUUUAGCCACCAGGGCAGUAACUCAACAUGUUUCAUUGUAUGAGGUAAUGAAUAAAAUAAUUUAGUAUAUUUAGUUCUCUGGUAAAAUUCUACUUUUUUCAGUUGCAUCAAUGUUCCACCGCAGCAGCGAUAUGAGGUGAAUUAUAACCACUAAUGCUUUGAUAAAUAUACAUUUCAAACAAUCUGAGUUCAUUAAAUGAAGUAAUUUAUUUUCUUAAAUAGCACAAGAAAAAGACAAUUGUCUUUUUAUUCUCAGCCUUAACUUACAGUAGAGACUGUCUAUACAUAGGCAAAACAAUAAAAUCUGUUUUGUUAUUAAGUAUUUAGCUUGAGUAAAGCAAAGUGUUUUCAGAACAAGAUAUGACUAGUUAAAAAAUCAUUCAAUAAAAAUUUUUCUAAAUUCAAAUAACACUUUUUCAAGACAUGCUAAUGA